AUGGAUGGGGGUAAUGGGAGACGAUCAGUGGAACAAUUCGAGAUUAUUGAACAUCAAGUCACUGAGGAGAGAAGACCUGCAGGAUCAGCUGUUCCCUUUACGUCAAUUCGAAAAACCACCGAAUCUUUUGAGAGACAAGGCGAUGAAAUUCUCAAUCGACGAUAUGAAAUCACAGAAGAGCGAGAUAUUCCUGGAAGAUUCGAUCAAACUGGCGAACGGGAUAUGAGCAGAGAGCCCUCAUUCCUCCACACUUCAGCAAAUUACGGUCAACAAAUCGAAUUCUCUCCACAAAGACAUCAACUCUCAUCAUCGUCAGCCAUAAACAAUUACGGUUAUGAUAUUCAUGAAGUGCAUACGUCGGAAGGAGGCGCUCGAAUUGUGGAGACACACGGCGGAGGCCCGUUACAGCAAGAGACACCGACGAGUAGACCCGGCAUAUCAUCUGCCUUAAGAUCUGGCUCGUCACUGAGAUCAAGCGGUGGUGUGUUCACUGUGCCUUCUCCACCAUUGGCAAAAGAUGAAUCGUGGAGACAUGAUACAAGCACGGAACAUGAAUCAUUCGUUCGUAAAGACAGCUACAAGCGAAUGCAACAAUCACAGGAGGUGAUCGGUUCAAAUGGGACAGUGGCUGGACCGGCUGAAAGUAGUAGAGUUUAUGCGCCUCGAUCCCAGUCAACAUUGAUGUCGAAUUCAUCGAGAGCACGAAGAGACACUGGAGAGGGAUGUUGGUCAAAGAUGAAGAAUUUCUUCAGCGAUCUUUACUGGGCUAUCAAAAGAGAACAACACUCGCCCCGACUUUGGGCAAAUGUUUGCUGUAUUUUGUUGAUGUUGCUCUUGCUCUUGAUUUUAUUCAUUGUCUUUCUCACAGCACUUUUCCAUCGAUAUUCAGUACGAGAGUUUUUGUUAUAUCCACCAGUUUGCGAGGAAUGUAGAAGAAAGAAUCCGAGUCUAGCCUCGGCUCAAAUGCCUUCGUCUGUAUAUGUUCACCACUAUUCAUCUGAACAAGCUCACUUUGAAAUGAGAGGAAAUCUCCCAUUCAGAAGUAACUCUUUCACUGCGAUCGACUUUUCAACGGGUUAUGUGGCAAUCGCAGAUCAUGCACUGACUGACUCAACUGGAAAGCAUUUCUCGUGUUUCCUUCUACCUCUUGAUAGAACGGCUCUCCCUAGCAUGGAUAGCCUGAUGGAGGCUUUGGAUGAGUCCGAUUACGAGAUUCAAUCAAAUUUCGGCUGGCAAGAGUAUUGGCAAUUCGAGCCAGAGCAAAUCGAUUACAAUAUGGUUCGCAGCAAGUUCACCGAUCCGAUAAAAGAUUGCGAAAGUGGGAAAUGGUAUCUCCUGAAGCAAACCGUGCAUCCAAGAGAUGGCUCUUGCUCAGAUUGUUAUGAUUUUUGUUUACCCGAUUACGCAGUGGUACGAAAAGUGAAAUAUGAAGAUGAAUCAACGUUAGGCAUUCGACGAUUGAAUUGUUUCCGUCUCUACGUGCCCGAAUGGGGUUCUCAUUCUCCACAGACAGACGCUUGGGGUGGUCAUUGGCAGUAUCCACUUCAAUCAACAAACACAAGAAGAGAUUCGGAUUUCGAGUGGCAAAGUUGGACCCCAAUUGCCGGCAAUCGAAUUCGACAAACGAGGAGUCGAAUCGACAAAGAAAAA